AUUUAAGAUGGCGGCCGGAACAGUGCUAAAUUUUCGGAGUUUUCUAACUGGCAGUAUAACCGCUAGAAAGACUUUCCUCGUAGUUCGGACAGGACUCAGAUCAAGUGUUCCAUGUGUAGCAAUCGCCAGCCGUCAAUUUUCGGAAACAAACUCUCCGGUCGAGGAGGUUACUGACAGCGAGAAGUCUCCCACUGUUUCCCGAAGUCCUCUCUUCAGUGGCAACAAGGUGACGCCGAAAAGAUUUCAGCUUUCGUUCGACGAGUACCAGAAGCGAAGAAGAAAGCUGCGUACACUUCAGAGGUUGGCUGGGCUGCCGUUUGGUGUGACAGGUCUGCUAGCGUCGUCUUGCGCGUGUGCUUAUUUGUUCCCAAACAUGUUUGAUGCAACCCCAGAACAGAUCCAACCAAUACUGUAAGUUGUGUGACUUGUAUCUCUUAAUGUGCAGGGUUCUAUCUAGGGCAUUUGAGGGGUAGAAGCUUCCCCCCCAAAGUGCUCAGCUUUCCCCCCAAAAAUAUUGUUAUCAUUACAGUAUAUAAGUAACUAUAUCGAAAAAAUCAUCAAGAUGCGAUGAGGUUUGUGCACACACUGUAACAUUUCUCAAAAUUGUGUCUCAAAAUGCACCAGAUUGCAUCUCAGUGCAUAUUCAUUUCAAAAAUUCCGGGGGGGGCAGACCCAUCGAGGAGGCUUGUCGCCUUCGGCCACUCAGGACUUCUUCCCCAAAUGAUAAAUCCUAGAUAGAACCCUGAUGUGGGAUGAGCAGAGGAAUCAUAUUUAUAGCACAAAGUAUUUUCAGGUCGAGCAAAUAAAUGAAACAAAUAAAUCAAAUUAACUUAACAAUCGAAACAAUCUCAAUUGAAGGAAACUGACCUCGUGACCCCCUACAAGUGCAGAUUGCUUAAAGGAGGUUAGAAUUCGGGACUGCCGUGAAACAAACCCGGCUACUGGCUGACAAACCAAAUGUAAAAAUUCUAACAAUGCUCAAAGAAUGAUUGGGAUUAAAAAUUAAUUUGACACAAAGCUUCUAAUGGGGGCAAAAACAUUUUAUUUGCAUUCAUAAUCUGAAGAUCAUGACUCAUUUCCUGCAAGUUGUAAAGGUACCCUUUUUCGUGAUAUUUUUGUAUCUACCUUAUUGGUACUUAAUUUUGCAAGUCUUUAAUUUCGCGUUUUUUGCAACAAUUAUUGCAAAAUUAAAGACCCAGAACAAAAAUCCUUGUGAGAUUUAAACAGGCCAAUUCAAUAGCCAUAUAGAAAAUUCAAAUUACCCUGAGAAAAUCAAUUGCCAAAGGAUGGAAGAAGGUGGGCGUCAGUAAAGAAAUUGAUGGUUCAGAGGAAAUGUCACCUAAAGAUCCAUUUGUAGAUAAUUGCAAUGAUAGGAUGAUGUUUAGAAACUUUGCUGCAAACUAUGUACUGAGAAAAUGCAUAUCUGUGUUAUAAUCCAUUAAAAAUCAUUUUCAAAAAAUAUGCAUUUGCUUGUUACAGUGUACUUUAAAAUUUUAAAAAAUGUCUUAAAGGGACACAGUCAGAUGAUGCACUAAGCGUAUUAGAUACCAUUUCUUAGCUGAUUUGCAUGUCACAAGAUUCGCAUGAAACAGAAAGUGAGAAGCGUAGCUGGAAUAUUCUAAACAAACCUUGAACUAGUCUCUCUAAAAUCUUGAAAUUAAGUACCCACAAAAUUAAGUACCAAUAAGGUACACUAUUGCUGCUCACAGGAAAUUUGUGACCUUCCUUGGGAAAACGUAAACUAACAAUAUUUCGUUAUCGUUAGAAAACUAACGGAUAGCUAAGGGCUUUUCUAACGUUCUAAUGGUUUGUUCUAACGCUCUAACGAUUUGUCCAAAUGCUCUAACGAUUUAUCCAAACGCUCUAACGAUUUGUUCUAACGUUCUAACAGUUGAAUUGGGGGAAGCGAGCGCUAUUCCCUAUUAAGCACUCCAUUAACGGCUGGUUAGUUCAUCUUGUUAUUAUCAAUGUAUUGAGCAAAAGUUUUAAGUAAAGCAGUCGGUCCUUCUACUGUAAGUUUUUUAGAGAGCACUGUUUUUAUUAGGAUGAAUAUCCUUAUUUUUUAUUAUUGUUUGGGUUUUCUAGAGGAAUGGAUCCUAUGAUCUUCAGUGGUCUCUGUGGUGUGGCCAGUGCAGGUGUUGGCUUUGUCGCUGGAUCUGCUAUUUUCAAAUCAGUGUGGCGGGUGUGGAACAAAGAAAUAGCACAGAAACUGCAUGAGGUAUGGACAGUGUGUUGAUCCUUGAGCAGGGUGCAAUGAAAGUCAGUUUUACAGCCUGCCAUUCGGGCAAGCUGUAGCUAGCAUGUACUAGCUCACAAGUCAUUUCACCUAGCCCCAAAACCCUUUUUGAUUAGCAGGAUUGGUUACAAUCCUUCUGUAAUUUUGUUUCCCAAAAAAACAGUUCUUGCCCGUUGGGCAAGUUAAGAACAAAAAUCACUAGCCCGAUAGCAAGAUCCACUAGCCCUGGGCUACUGGACACGACUUUCUUUGCUCACUGUUACAGUCAGAGCAGGUCAAGCGUACCCCUCAAGAUUCUAUUAAUGAAUUGAUUAUUUGAAAAAUGAAUCUGUUAGUGAUUCCUGUAUCUUUUGUCAAAUUCAAAUCAGCAUUUCUGCAUGCGUAAUGGGCAGUGAAUAUUCAACGAGAACUUCUCUGUAUUAGGUCACAUUGAAAAUCUUUGAAUGGAUUAUAUUUCUUAGAAGACAUUUACAUCAAAUUCAGGGAAACUGAGUUGGUAGAAAUUUCGUAACUGCCUCAUGUGUGAAUUCACGGCUCAUUAUGCAUGCAAGAAUGCAGAGAUGAAUCUGAAAUCUACAACUAUCAACGGAUUCAACUUUCGAAUAAUAAAUUCAUUAAUGGGAGCUUGGGGGGUACACUUGACCUGGCUUGACUGUAAGUAAUGGUCCAGAUGAGAAGUAAAGAAUCAAAUGUACAGCAUGUAAUGAACAUGUCGGAAUGCCAAAAGGUGCUGACUUUACUAUAAUGUCUCUACUACACUUCUGACUGAUUAAUUUUAAGCAUCAAAUUUUACGAAAUCUUCCCAAAGCAGCAUGGAUGUUCAUUCCUUGCUUUCCAACCAACUUCGUUAUAACAAAAUCUCAUCCGAGUCUAAGUAACACAGAAAUCCUUUGUAAACUUUUCUUGGCUAUUGUUUGCCACUCUUAUGAUUGGUGGAAAUCUUUUAACACAGAAAAACACCUUUCUAAAAUGAAGAGUAAAUACAGGUUAUUUCGUAAUUUUGCCUUUUUUAAGGAUUCCUACGUGAGAAAAGCAUAUUGCACCAUAACAAAAGAAAAUGCUUCCCUUGUUACCAGGAUCAUUACUUAAUCCCAAGGCUGUGCUCUAAGGAAAAUUGAAAGGAGUCCAGUACUCUGAACCUGCAAAAUCUAGGUUGCCUAGCAUAUGAUUUGUAUGAAAUAAAUAGUAAGAUUUUCUAGUUGCCGAAUUGAUGAUGUGCAAUGCAAAAGGGGAACUGUUUUGAUAAAAUUCUUUCAACGAAUACUUUAAGGAAAAUAUGUAAAAAUGGAGAUCACUGUCAUGAAGAGGCCAUUUCUAAGUUGUCCAAGCCUCUGUUUCAAAGUGAAGCUAAGUUAGAAGCCAUUGAUAUGAGAACAAGUUUUUAUUCUCAUGCAAAUAAAACUCAUUUUCACAAGAAAAGUUUUCCACUUAGCCUCAGCUCAUUUUGGAAGUAAGAGUUUUUAAAACUCAACAAUGGUCUAUGUGUACAGUAUGUGGGCAUUGAGUCUUAAAGUAGUCAAUGCAUUUUUUGUGUUUACACUUGCUCUGUUUUGUCUGUUUUAGCGCGAGGCAGAUUUUUUGGAAAGGGUAGCUUCCAGGAGGGCUUCCUCUUAUAGCAAGUUUGAAGAUGAUUAUUAUGGUGAAAAUAUCAAGAGUGUCAGCGACUACAGGCAGUGGCUACGUGAGCAACAAAAAAAGCAAAAUAUAGCAGAGAAGUAUGAUAGCAAAGAGCAAUCAAAAAUUGUCAAUGCAGAAGCUGCAUAAGCAAGAGUAAAAAUUAAGCAGUCUCUUUGGGUGCCCUCCUUUGAGAUGAUCUGGAUCAGGAUCAGUGAUCUGAGAUCACAUGGAUCAUGGUAGAUCAAAUGAACGGAUGAAUCCUUUUCCAGAGUGGAUUCAUUGGUUCAUUAAUGAUCC